UGGAGACAGGAUGACAGUGACCGGGUGGUUUUUCGGAGCAGAUUGGAGCAGCUCUGGGGUGUCGGUACCUGACAUCAUCAUCAUCAUCUUCAUCAUCAUCACCUCGCCGGGGUGCAUCAUCGCCACACACCGCAUGUUAUCGAAGGAAACCCCACGGGGAGUGUGUUACAGUUGUGUGUCGAUGAUGCCUGAGGAUUAUGGACCAUCACAGUAACGACAGACGCAGUAACGCUCCUGGAUCACAGCCUGUACUCUCUCUGUCUCUCUCGCUCUGUCAUCCUCCUCUCUUUAUAACACCUUUCUUUUCCUUUUUCCUGUUGGACAUUCUAUCCUAGAAUGUUGAAUUUAGCGCUCUUCGCACGCGAGGAGCACCCGUGGCGCGUCAUUUUUGCGCAGAUGUUGGACACGGACGCGUAAAGGUUGCGCAAAAACCUGUGGAUGUAGUUUCUCGCAGACACUAUGGUCCAAUAUCUGAUCAUCACGGUUCUUUUUCUGUGCUGCACGCUCCAUUGCGCAUGCCUGGUGGCGGAUACACAACGCUGGCCGACGCCACUUGGCUCCGUUCUGGCAGUGAUGUAGGAGCAGAAAAGUAAGCGGGAGCGGAGGACUGGAUGAGAACACGAGAAAUGCGUCGGCAAAGUGGCAGCGUGGCGAGCGAAGGAUUUGACCUCAGAUCCUUGCAGAAUUAGACAAAGCGAAGAAUGUCAGGGACACCUAAUGCGGAGGCUGAAGGAGUAGUCUCCAAAGUGAAAGUGAAAAAGGAAAUCAAGACAAUCGUGGAGAAUUUGGAGACCAUCCUGGGAGACCUCAAGGAUGUAGCCAAAGAGCUGAAAGAGGUCGUUCAUGACAUCGACACCCUGACUUGUGACCUGCAACUGGAGGAGGAUGGACUAACAGACAGCUCCAAGACAGACACCCUCAACUCCAGCUCAAGCUCCACCACCACCACUACCACCGCUUCCAGCCUAGAGAGGAUGAAGCUCUUCCCAGAGGACUGCAUCUUUAAAACCCCUGGGCCCAUCAUCCCGGUCCCUGUCAACGCUCCUGCAGUACUGACUGUGCUGAAGAAAGCCCACCCGCCCUUACCACCACCAAGACAUACGCCACUAAGAGCCGAGGAUCACAACAUGAAGAAUCUGCCUCAUCCGACUUUAGUGUUAUCAGGGAAUAUAUCCAAGGCUAAUGGGUCUCUGUUGAGGAAUGGCGGGGUUUUCCCGUUGAAAACCAGGGAUUUAUUCUCCUCCACGCCGUGUUUCCUUUCGAAUGACUACGGGAUCCCUGAGUCCGGGCUUGUUCCUACAUUGCCCAGGCCCAUGCCCCUUCUCCGUCAUGAAAAGAACAAAUGCCCAAAGGCCCCCGGUAGGGAGCCUCGUGAGAGGGAGCGUGUCCGUUUCAGCGAGAAGGUCCAGUACCACGGCUACUGCCCAGACUGCGACCUCCAAUACGAUGUAGACGACACAGAACUACACUUACAGACCGAGCUGAGCGACUUGAGGCUUAGCCCAGUGCACUGCUGCUCUUCCUCCUCCCCUCCUCCACCUCAUGCUCUUCCUCAUGAUCUCAUGUUGGAAAACGGCGGCCUCCCGGUCAGCCACAGUUUCCCACCGACAGCGAACACUCCUCCACCUUUUGUGCCUCCUCACCCGCCUUCCCUCAAGCCCCAGAAAACAAUCCUGCGCAAAUCAACGACCACCACAGUUUGACACCGACUCCCCCGUUCUGUCUACAUUAAACAUUCUUGAAUCAUUCAUAGUGUUUUCUACUUUAAGAGAAAUUUCUACCCCAGUUGAACUUUGGAUUAACCAAACACAGAGAGGAAGGUUUGGGAAAUAGGAAACAAAAGGAUGGAUAAAGUGAGUAGAAUAGAGAGAAAGGAAUUGCCAUGGGCGCUAAGACGUACACAGAGAGAUCUGGAAGAAGCGGGCCCAUUUCGAUACUUGAGGUACAAGUGGAAGGGAUGAUCAACCAGGGAGGAGCUGGUGCCGAGGCCAGGCAUCAACCUUUUCUAAUGGCUCUCAAUCAACAGGAGACAAGAUCCUCUGGACAAAUUCAUAGUUCUUGAGCACUAAAGCCUCCAGGCACAUGUUACUGCCACAGAAGAGAGAGCGAGGGCAGUCACAGUAUGUAACAACAUACAGACAGAUGAAUUUAUAGCUGUGGAGGUGAUAUUUUUGUUACUUAUAAAUUGUUGAAUUAGAGAUUAGAAAACUGCUGAAACCCCUAUCAUCAAAAGUGAACAGGCGAGUUCAGAUGAAGAGGUAGAAGAUUGGAUCAAAUGAUGCUAGUAUGUGAUUCAUUUCUACACAGGCUUUUUCUCUGUGCAUACUCAGAAGGAUAUCAAUAGCUCCAUUCAAGGUGAGCCUGACAUGUCGGCCUGGCCGUCUGCAGAUAAGAAGAAAGUAAUACUAUGUCAGUAUGUGCCAUAUGCACAAUCACUGUGUAUUUUGGAAAGACGAAUGGUUUGAAAUGAAUGAUGACGUGGUCACUGAUCUGUGUCCAGACAUUGUGUUCAUUACAUCUAUCUGUGCUCAGUUGAUGCCAUGCACGCUAUGUUUAUAUCCCAAAGUAACAUGCAGAUGUACAGUACAGUGUGGUAUAGUUACAGCUUUAAAGGACCCUUGAAGAAGUAAUAAUUUGCAUCAAAUUUUCUUUGUAUACAAAUACACAUGGACAUGUUUGAUAUUUAUAUAUUUCAGACAUUUUUCUACAGAGACUUUAACAUUUAAAGAGAUGAUAUUUUUGAUAAUGUGUUGGAUGACUGAAAGGUAUUUUAACGAAAGCUUACAUUCCCUAGCGGUACGUGUAUUUUUUUUCAGAAUGGCAGAGCAGGAUAAGUUAUUUAUAUAUACCCACAGGAUGGUAUUUGUAUGGAUGGAAAACAAGUGCUUCAGUAUUAUCAUGUCGAGGAACAGAAUGAGAAAAAAAAAUUUGGGUGGAGAAGAGAAACUGCAUAAACCAAAUACCUAGUUGUGCUUUAUCAGACAGGAGGCAUGACAAUGAAUGAAUGCAUGACUGACUCUUCACUUUGUACUGCCAUUACUGUGUUUUUCUAUGCAUUUCUGUGAAGAGGCUGUCUGUCGGUCGGUGCAACAUGCACGGAGCUCUGCUCCCAGUAAUAAAGAGUUUAGAAGUAACCCCCCCUCAUCUCCUUAUAUGAUGUUCAUCAGGUUAAUUCUGCAGUCUGUGUAAUCCUGAUACAUUUCCUAGGUAUUACCGUGCUGCUUAGGCCAGUGAAGUAUUUACAAUGAAAUAUUAGUUCUCUCAUGCAGCACUAAUCAAAACCAGAUAUUACAUAGUGCUUUACAAGAACAAAAUGAAAAUCAUAUAUUUAUAUAAAUAUAUAAGCAUUUUGUCGAUACAUAUACUUUUUCCACACAUUCAGACUGGAGGCACCACCAUCUUUAAACUCCACUUCUUAGUUCUCACUGGACACAGACACUGAACUCAUGACCAAAUCCUGCAUCAAUCAAGAAUCUGUUUUAAAGAUGAUUGGGAUGUCU